AUGCUAGAAUAUAUUAAUAGAUGCUUAGAGUUUUCAUUAUCUCCAGCCCCCAAUUUUCAAACUCCACUUUUAACUAAUGUCAAACAUCUGGCAAAUCUAGAAAAUUAUUGCAUACAUUCAAUUGUGAAUUUGAAUCCAUCAAUUACAUAUGAGUAAUCUCCUUUGGUAUAACAUUCAUCAAGUAAUUACAAUUAUAAUAUGUAGUUAGUGAAUCUUAUGUGAUAUAAGAAAAUAAAUUAAAUAAUUUUACUCAAGAAUCUCCUUAACAAAGUUCCAAUAAAAAAAAUUUGAAUUUAAUUUUUAAUUAGUAAGGAAAUUAAUCAACAAAGACUUUAAGAGAAUAAAUUGAUGAAAGGCUUUAAAAUAGACAAAGAUAAUCUCAUGUACCUGAAUGUGCAAAAUUUUCAUUUUCCCCUUUCAAGAUUAGAUCAAAAAGUCCGUUAAUAUAGUAGUAAAGACCUAGCCCUGAAAAAUUGGAAGAGUAUGAAAAUAAAGAAAACUAAAUGCCAACUAUACAUAAGAAAUAAUUUUCUUAAAUUAAUUAGUAUAGUGAAACACCGAAAAAGGUCUACAUACCUUUUUAAAAUACAAAGUUCAAUAAAACUCCUUCUAAAUAAUCUUAAAUUCAAAAUAAAAUAAAAUCAUAAGUUUAACCAUCCUAAUAAUAAAGACAUUCAUUAAAAAGAGAAUAUAAAAAUGGAGUCAGCCAUAUUAAGUUAACUUUGUAUAAAUAAUGA